GAGAAGAAGGAGAAGAAGGAGAAGAAGGAGAAGAAGAAGAAGGAGAAGAAGGAGAAGAGAAUGAAGAAGAAGAAGAAGAAGAAGAAGAACCUAUAUCCUCCAAAGAGCGGCUGUAUAAUAGCAAGGGGAAGCCGCGACCUUGACUAUACUGAAUGAAAGAAUUUUCCUGAGAUAUUCACUACUCCUGUUUCACUAUAAAAGCGGGAGUCAUCCCCUGGUCAAGACAUCAGUGUUCAUCACUCCGAUCCGGUGGAAAGUCAGUGUGUUGUCGUCUGUCGGUGGUCUCCGCUGCUGAAGAGCUCAAUCUCCCGUCAAUCUCCCGUCAAUCUCUCGUCAAUCAAAGCAAUGGCCGCCAUUUGCAAAGCUACCUUCCUUCUGGCUAUCUUCGCCAUCGUUCUUGCAGUAAGCUGGGCAGCUCCAGCUGAUAAGCAAGCCGAUGUUGAACAACUCCAGGUGGAAUCCGAACCCAAAGAUCUCAAGACUGCCAACUCGUACGGCCUGGGCUACGGAUAUCCGUACGGCGGAUACGGUGGACUCUACGGAUAUCCUUACUACGGAGGAUACGGACUCGGCUAUGGAUACGGAUAUGCUCACUACCCCAGGUACUACUACGGUGGAUACUACGGUUAUCCAUUCUACGGUUGAGCAACCAGUACAAAACAACUUUAUGAAUGAACUCGUCAACUGAUCCACUCACUACGUCAUAAAUAUUGUCAUGAAUGACCUCGUCACUACGUCAAGAGCUACACCAUCACUAUCACGCAACCAAAAUCAUGAAUGACAGUGAACCCAGUUCGAUCGUUACCAAAAAUCUCAACAUCUAGUUCUACAAAUAUUAUUGUAAAAACUCUUUUUGUAUUAAAGAUCGUACCAAUAUAU